AUGAUUUCAUCCAAGAAGUCAAUUGAUCCAUCAGUAUAUAUUCUUUGCGAAGUUCGUCGGCCACCAUGUAUUAGUUCUGUUCGGAAAGUGAGGGCGGAUGGCUCAGAAAAUGAGAUUCGUCUACCUGGUUCAACCUUGAUCGGUCGUACUAAUGCUUGGCUUUUGAACAUUGGUUCAGAUCCAAAAAUUUAUCAGACAUUUGCCAAUUUACUUGAUCGAUAUCAUCUAUGUGCCAAGCAUUGUCAAAUCAGUGAUAUGGUACCCCUAUUGACAUCGGUUCAUCAACAUGCUCAAUGUCUUAUUCAUAUUGAUUUAUUAUUAUUGAAAGAAUGGCAUGAAAAAAAUAGAUUAGCUAUUGAGCAAUUCUUUUGUCAACGUUGGCCUUUUUUUCCAUUUGAAACUAAGUUUGAAAUUAUGAAAUUGAUCUCUAAACAUAUAAUUACGGUCAACGAUCUUAUCUUGGACGAACGAUUGGAAUUUAUAUUGGGCCAAAUAUCUUCAAGUACUCUGGCUGCUUGUGUUGAUAAAAUCAUCGAAUUUGCUCCACGUUGGCAACCUACCAGCGAAAAAACAAACGACGAAGACUGGAAUGAUGAUGAAGAAGAAGAAGAAGAAGACGACAAAGAGGGAACAGUAAAUGAUGAAUCAACACUAAGAACAUAUAUGUUGCCACCAUUAUAUUCAGCUACUGGCAAGCCUCUAAAUAAUGCCGGCUCAACUUCUGUAACCAUAAAUUUGUCUCGCAUUAAAUUAAAAGAUAUGUAUCCUACAAAUAAUGAUCAUAUCGGUUCUUUAAGUCGGUUGUUGUGUCUUGGGUUAUUCGAACUUCGUCGAAAACAUCAGCUGAAUCAGAUAACAUCCGUUUUUAUUACUCCAUCGACAAUUCAUUAUGAAGGACCACAUUGUGAGGAAGCUUGCGCUGUAACUCGUCACUUCUCUGAACUUCAAGAUUGUUUUCUACGUGUAAGCUUUCGUGAUGAAGAUGUAAAUAACUCGAUGGAUAUCUUAUAUAAGCAUAUACAAUCACUGAUGACUGAUGGUUUGAAUAUUUGUGGUCGAAAAUAUAAAAUUCUCGCUUUUUCGACAUCUCAACUUCGUGAACAUUCAUGUUGGAUGUUUCACCAACGACAUACCAGCAAUAUAUCUUGUGAAUCAAUUCGAGAAUGGAUGGGUGAUUUCCAGAAUAUACGUCCAGUAGCAAAGAUGGCUGCCAGGCUUGGUCAGUCAUUUUCAACAACUAUCAAAGGAAAAGAAUUAUCAAAAGAAUCAUACAUCGAAAUUGAUGAUGUGACAUCGCUGAUAGAUAGUAAAGCAUUAUAUACAGAUGGAAUAGGGAUCAUUGCUUCUUGGUUUGCCGAUGAACUUUCGAAGCAGAUGAAUCUCGACUCAACACCAUCAGCAUUUCAAAUUCGAUUCGCUGGAUAUAAAGGAAUGGUCUGUAUCAGUUUAGAGGACAAAAUUGCCAAUGAUUCAAAAAUUCGAGUAGCUCUUCGUCCUUCGAUGAAAAAAUUUGAUUCAGACAAUUGUUCUAUUGAUAUUGUUCGACCAUCUAACUUCUUAUUGAGUUAUCUCAAUCGUCAAAUCAUUCUUUUAUUAUCUUCUCAUCAUAUACCCAAUUCUGUUUUCCACCAUUUUCAAGAUGAAAUGCUUGACAAAUUGAUGUCCAUGAACACUAAUGUUGAACGCGCUAUCGAAACAUUGUGGAAAUUCAAUGGAAACAUGGGUGGCAAUGGAACUCAUAAAAUGAUGAUCGAAUAUUUAUCACGAUUUCAAUUCAAUACUGAACGUUUUGUUCAACAACUUCUGUUUCGUUUUCAAGCGUUUCAAUUGAAACAAUUACGAACCAAAGCGAGAAUUUUGAUCGAAAACGGUUGUGUUUUAUUCGGUGUGGCUGAUGAAAGUCGAACAUUAAAACAUGGACAAGUAUUUAUUCAAAUUUAUCGUAGUGAUACCGAUGAAACAAAAAUUAUUCAAGGUCCAGUCAUUGUCACGAGAAAUCCCUGUUUACAUCCAGGUGAUAUUCGUCGUUACGAAGCUGUUGAUAAUCUUCGGCUUCACAAACUGAAAAAUGUCAUUGUAUUUCCUAUGGAUGGUCCUAGAUCAAUGACAGCAGAGCUAGCUGGUGGUGAUUUGGAUGGUGAUAUAUUUUGGAUCACGUGGGAUUCACGUCUAAUCUUUACUGGAAAUUAUGAAGCAUUCUGUUAUAGUGAUCAGACACGACAAGCAAAUGAGUUGAAUGCGAACACAGCCAAACAGUCAUAUACUAUUGCCGAUGUUUGCCGUUUCUUUGUCGAAUACUUGAAAGCAGAUAAUCUAGGUAUUAUUGCUAAUUGGCAUUUGGCUUUAGCUGAUCUACACGGAGUUGAAUAUGAAAAAUGUAUACGUUUGGCUGCAAUGCACAGCAUUGCUGUGGAUUUUGUUAAAACCGGUCGUCGUCCACCCUCCUUAACUAAAGAUCUUCAGCCAGAAACUUAUCCUCAUUUUAUGGAGAAGAAAAGCAAACCAGAUCAUCUGUCAACUUCAGUUCUUGGCCAAUUAUACGAUGAAGUGAAAAACUUCAAAAUCAACUAUAAUCAAAACAAGAAUCCCAAUAAGAAACCAUUUCCUUAUCGAAGAUUAGUCAUUAAUGGUUACUUGUCUUACGUUGCUGAUGCUCGAAUGCUAAAAGAAGAAUACGAACGAGAAUGUGAGUAUUAA